CUUCAUGAACCCCAUCAUGCUAAAACAGGAAAAGGCCUGAGCUGUUGUUUCCUAUACAAUUCCAUUUCACAAUAAUAACACUUACAGUUGACUAGGAUAGAUCUAGCAGUGCAUUAAUUAAUUUUAUGCACCUGUUAACAAUGGGUGUGGCUGAAAAACAUUACCAUUACUCGCUCUCUCUCCCUCUUUCAUUAUCCCUCUCUCUCCAUGUAGGGGUAAGAUGUGAGACUGAAGAGCUAAAUUACACAGCAUAUAAAGUCAGGAUCAGAUGUCCAUAUAAACCUGGAUACAAAGAAAAAUACUUUUGCAAAGGUGAUGCUAAAAUCCCCUUUGAGGCUGGACAGAGCAGGAAAUUCUUGCUGCAUGACAACACGUCAGCCCAUAUCUUCACUCUCAACAUCACUCAUCUGGAACUGGAGGAUAAAGGCACAUACUGGUGUGUAAGAAGGGGCAACUCGUCUUCUGACAUUUACAGGACAAAGAUCCACCUAGAUAUUAAACCUGAGUUGACUUGUGAAUUAGGUCAAAAUGUAUCUAUUCAAUGCCACUAUAACCAGGAACUCAGGAAUUCAGUAAAGUUCCUCUGCAAGGAACAGAACUCAUCUGACUGUGCAGAGGGAGGAGUCAAAAUUACUUCAGCCAAUCCUCAGACUGACCGAGUGUCUCUGAGUGAUGAUGCUUCUGCUGGAGUCUUUACUGUAACUAUUGCUGGUCUAAAACAGGAGGAUUCUGGGACGUACUGGUGUGGGGGUUCCACAGGGUUGGAGCAUGUGCUCAUUUCUUCUGUGGAUCUCAACAUUUUCCGAGAUGCAAAAUCAUCACAUAACCUCAGCAGACCAACAAAACCAAAGAAUCAGUCCGCAACUGUUGUGUUGACUUUACCAUCACCUUCAACUCCAAAAUCAGAGUCAGAUCGUGGCUCCUCAGCUGAAGUUAAAGACGGAGAUAACACAAGGCUCUCUCCUCCUGCUGCAGACUACGAUGAGAUUAAAGACAGCAAAGAUCGUCCAGACACUCACAGUAAAGCAUCCACUGCUGAAUUACUCACAGACCCCUCGGGUUCUCCUACAGACCAGACUGAUGGUCAUGACUAUGCUAUUGUGACCUUCCAGCCAAAUCCGAGCUGUACAGAUCAGACUGACAGUCUUGACUACUCCACAUUGACCUUCCAGCCAAACAGCUCCGAUUAUGAGGUUCAUGCUUCAGGGGAGAUGUGCACUUACUCCACUGUCAAUCACCCUCAGUCAGAGUAA